ACAACCUCUCGGAGCGAGUCACGACGCCGGGACUUACGUACCGUGGACAAUACUUAGUGCUGUGACUACAUAGCCUUGCGAUAUUAAUACUAGCCACCAAGUACCUACACUAUAAACUUCUUGGAUGCUAGUACGGAAUUCUAAAAGAUCGCGUUGUACCUUCGUGCCGAACGUCUGCUGCAAGCCAGAAGAUCUAAACAUUGCGUUCAAAACUUCGAUAAACCUCUUAUAUCGUUUCAAUUACUAUGUACAAUGCACCACCACACAUAAAUAAAAAAAUAUGUGAUAGUAAUUAAUAUUAGCCUGAAGCUGAAAACAAGCGCACGCGCCCUUCUAUAAAUAACUUGGUGUAACCGAGUGCUGUAGUGAGCCGGGCGGACCGAGUAAACUAAGCCGGACUGUGCUAAAUAUAGGGGCGCCAUCUCGCCACGCCUUAACGGGAACUAGCCGGUGACAACACGCGGCGGAUAAAGAUAAGAAGGUAAAGAAGAAGAAGGCAAAGGAAGAUGCACCAGCAGAAGAGGCGCCAGCUGCAGCUGCGCCCGCCGCCACUGGUGGCAGCGACAGGCAGUCGUCGCGUGGCAGCCGCAAGGCCAAGCGCACCGGCUCCAAUGUCUUCUCCAUGUUCUCACAGAAGCAGGUCGCUGAGUUCAAGGAGGCCUUCCAGCUAAUGGACCACGACAAGGACGGUAUCAUUGGCAAGAACGACCUUCGCGCCACCUUCGACUCGCUCGGCAGGCUGGCGUCGGAGAAGGAGCUCGACGAGAUGGUUGGUGAGGCAUCCGGCCCCAUCAACUUCACCCAGCUCCUUACCCUCUUCGCGAACCGCAUGUCCGGCGGCUCCGACGAGGACGACGUCGUCAUCAACGCCUUCAAGACCUUCGACGAUGAGGGCAAGAUCGACUCCGAAAGGCUCAGGCACGCCCUCAUGACCUGGGGUGACAAGUUCACCGCCGACGAGGUCGACGAAGCGUACGACCAGAUGGAGAUUGACGACAAAGGCUUCAUCGACACCACGAAGCUGAUCUCCAUGCUCACCGCCAGCGCGGAGGAGGAGGAGGGCGGCGAAGCCGCGUAAAUAUUCCAUCAGAUACCAUCGAAACAUCGAAACAAGAGGUGUUGAGACGCAGCGCACAGCAGCACACCGCCCGGCCGCCGCACGGUUCUGACUCAUCGGAUUAAAGAGCACGAUGUGAAC